AUGGACUGCACUCAGGCGCAGAAGGUUCGGUAUGGAACUCAUAUGCUGGCAGUCGAAGCUGAUGACUGGUGGUUAGAGACUCAUCAGAGAUUGGAAGUUGCUAGUGAAGAGAUCACUUGGAUUGUUUUCCACAGAGAGUUUCUGAGGAAGUAUUAUCCGGAAGAUGUUCGGGGUAAGAAGGAGAUUGAGUUCCUUGAGCUGAAACAGGGUAAUAUGUCAGUGACAGAGUAUACUGCAAAGUUCACUGAGAUGGCCAAGUUCUACCCGUAUUAUGAGGGAGCAGGUGCUGAGUUUUCAAAAUGCAUCAAGUUUGAGAACGGAUUGCGCUCUGAGAUUAAGAAAGCUGUUGGGUAUCAGAAGAUUCGUAUCUUUCCUAAUAUGAUUGGUAGUUGCAGGAUUUAUGAAGAAGAUCAUAAUGCACAUAACAAACUUGUCAAGGAUAGGAGAGGUAAGCAGAACCGUAGCACACCUUAUGAUGCUCUUGUUGGAAAGGGAAAAGCAGAAGUGGCUAAAGGCAAAAAAACUAGUGGGGGAGGAGCUCCUGCUAGCGUGGUCUGUUUCAAAUAUGGAGAACCUGGUCCCAAGAGUGAUGUGUGUACUGCUGGGGAGAAAAGAUGUUUCCGUUGUGGUAAGAUCGGACAUGCAAUAUCUGAAUGCAAGCAUAAGGAGAUGAUCUGUUUCAACUACGGUGAAGAGGGACACAUUGGUAAUCAGUGUCAAAAACCAAAGAAGGCACAAGUUAGUGGAAAGGUGUUCGCUUUAGCUGGAACUCAGACAGCUAAUGAUGGCAGCAUUGCCGGAUGUGCGUAUUUUUCUAAUAGUAUUUCUUUAAUUACUAUUGUUGAUUAA